CGUACUUGAUGGUCGAGCAAAAUGCAGAGAAUCGGAGUUUUUAAACGCAUCGCCUUGAAUGAACGAAGAAAUCCAGGUAGAGGUAAAAGGAGGCCAUCUCGACCGCCCAAUUCAGUUCGACCUUCGCCGGUGAUCACCAUGUCCUCCACCCUACGAUCCACCUCCGUUACCUUCUUCUUCUUCUCUUCCCUCCUCAUUUCCUCACUCUCUAUAGUCCUCGCUUCCGAGUCUGAUCACAAGUAUCAACAAGAUGAGUUAGUAACUCUAUGGGUGAAUAAAGUUGGUCCGUACAACAAUCCACAAGAAACUUACAAUUAUUACAGCCUUCCAUUUUGUCAUCCAUCUGGUCAUUCUGCUCACAAGUGGGGUGGUCUUGGCGAGGUCCUUGGAGGAAACGAGCUUAUUGACAGCCAAAUUGAGAUUAAGUUCCAAAAAAAUGUGGAGAGGACCACUAUUUGUCAACUGGAGCUUGAUGAAUCAAAGGUCAAGCAGUUUAAGGAUGCAAUUGAGAAUGGCUACUGGUUUGAGUUCUUCAUGGAUGAUUUGCCUCUGUGGGGCUUUGUUGGUGAGUUGCAUCCUGACAAGAAUAGCAAUAACGUUAAGCAUGUUCUUUACACACAUAAGAACAUCAUCAUCAAAUAUAAUAAAGACCAGAUUAUUCACGUGAAUCUCACUCAAGAAAACUUAAAACCAUUGGAAGUUGGGAAGACAUUGGACUUGACAUAUGCUGUGAAGUGGAUUUCGACUAAUGUCACUUUCGCUCGACGGUUUGAUAUUUAUUUGGACUACCCAUUCUUUGAGCAUCAGAUUCAUUGGUUCUCCAUUUUCAAUUCAUUCAUGAUGGUCAUUUUCCUCACUGGUUUGGUCUCUAUGAUAUUGAUGAGGACUCUUAGAAAUGACUAUGCUAAAUAUGCACGUGAAGAUGAUGAUCUAGAAACCCUGGAGCGAGAUGUUAGUGAAGAGUCUGGCUGGAAACUUGUGCAUGGGGAUGUUUUCCGGCCUCCUCGUAACUUAGUAAUUCUUUCAGCUGUUGUUGGUACAGGUGCUCAGCUUGCAUUGCUUGUUCUGCUUGUCAUCCUAUUGGCAAUUGUUGGAAUGUUGUAUGUUGGGAGAGGAGCAAUUGUCACAACUUUCAUUGUAUGCUAUGCUCUUACGUCAUCCAUUUCUGGUUAUGUUAGUGCUGGGAUGUACUCACGCAAUGGGGGUAAAAACUGGAUAAAAUCAAUGAUCUUCACAGCAUCUCUAUUUCCAUUUUUGUGCUUUGGAAUUGGAUUCAUCUUGAACACUAUUGCUAUAUUCUAUGGGUCUCUAGCAGCCAUUCCUUUUGGUACGAUGGUUGUGGUCUUUGUCAUUUGGGCUUUCAUUUCUUUUCCUUUGGCUCUUCUUGGUACGGUAAUUGGACGUAACUGGAGUGGUGCUCCUAACAAUCCAUGUCGUGUGAAGACCAUUCCUCGUCCUAUCCCUGAGAAGAAAUGGUACCUCACACCAUCUGUUGUCUCCAUGAUGGGAGGAUUGCUGCCUUUUGGCAGUAUUUUCAUAGAGAUGUAUUUUGUCUUUACAUCCUUCUGGAACUACAAGGUGUACUACGUAUAUGGAUUCAUGCUGCUGGUUUUUUUAAUUCUCAUCAUAGUUACUGUCUGCGUGACCAUUGUGGGAACAUAUUUCUUGCUUAAUGCCGAGAACUAUCACUGGCAGUGGACUUCAUUUUUCUCUGCUGCUUCAACUGCUGUCUAUGUCUACUUCUACUCAAUAUACUACUAUUAUGUGAAGACCAAGAUGUCAGGCUUUUUCCAAACCAGCUUCUAUUUUGGAUACACUUUGAUGUUCUGCCUUGGGUUGGGAAUUCUUUGCGGUGAGUUUUACGAUGCUUUCUCGUGCACCUUAAAAGUGGCAACUUCAACACUUGAACAUGAAGAAGGCAUUGUCUCUCUGAUUUCUAUCUGUGAUCAAAUGUCUUGAUGGUCAUCUGAGAGCCAAAUUUCUUGCUCUGUUUUGAUUUCUGUAUAUUUCUGUUCAUGUUCCUUUUCUUAUGACAUAAAAUUUGAAUUGUGCAGGAGCUGUUGGUUACCUGGGUUCCAAUUUGUUUGUACGGAGGAUCUACAGGAACAUCAAAUGUGAUUAGGGGUAUUUUUGGAAGCAGAAGACCUACGCUACCUUGAAGCAUUUUCAUAGUGGAGGCAAUAACUUCGAGAAGCCCUUGACACAUGGGAGGCCUAGCAGCGCAGUAAUACCUGUAGAAAUUAAAAGAUUUUGAGAUGGGGACAUGUUCUUAGCUCUGAGAUAUUUUCUUUUUGGUAAUUGAUGCGUUUUGCCCAAGCUGUAAUUGAAUAUCUUGAUUUAGAGUUUGAGAGAUUGCUUUUCGUAAUGUAGAAAAGUUGACCAAAUUGUUAGACCCGUGUCAUUUUUAUAAUAUAUAUUUUUUUUUUGUCUUCA